AGAACGUGUUUUGUGUUUAUCAAAGCGAUUUUCUGAUUAUUCACCUUAAAGAUUACUAAUCUGAUAAUUAUUAAUGAUUUUAUUUAUCAGUAAAAUUGUGCAAUUAUUCUUUCUGCAAACAAACAAAAUUAAUUUCCGAAACAUUUCUUUAAACUUCUAAUACAAAACUGUUGAAUAUUGAGAAUUAAUAUUUUGUGGUUUUUGUGGUUCUGGAGGGAAAACGAUAUAAUACGGGACGACACGGGUUUCUUGGAAUUUAUACCGGCAUUUGUUUUAUGUUUGCCAUUGUUAUAGCUGACGAUUCUCUUUUGUUAUGACCGGAAAGUUUGCUUGGUCCCUUUAGAAAAUAAGAACGUCCCAAGGAAAGUAACAUGAAGUACAUAAUGCAAUUCUCUAUUUGUAUUUUGGUAAUUUCAUUAUUAACAUCAGUUCAAUCAGUUACAAGUAAGAAAGAUGAGAAAAUUGGGACGAAAAAUUACUGCGUGAUAAGCGCGAAUGAGAAACAAAUGAACAAAUUUGAUUUUAGUACUACUACAAGAGAAAAUGAUUAUAAAAUUACAACAAACGAUGAAGUAAUUAACUUACAAUUAUGCAAACCAUUGAAUAGGGAAUGUAAUGGUAAAGGAAAUUAUAGUAUUUGUUUAAGAAAAUCCGGAAAAGAAAUUGUUCUAGGAAAAUAUCCGCCAAAAUUGGAAAUUGAAUCGCAGAAAAUAUUGUUUCGAUUUACUGGUGAAAAAUGCAAUCAAUCUGCAAAUUACAUGACAUCAGUUAGGAUGCUCUGUGAUUAUAAAGCGACAGACGAAAAUUCUAAUUCUAUCACUUCAUACAAAAAAAAUCAAUGUGAAAUUGAUAUUCAUUGGAAGACGAGUUUGGCUUGUGGAAGGCAAUUAAAUAUAAACUGCUCAGUAAGAGAUCCCAAAGAUAACUUUAAAUUCGAUCUCUCAGAAUUAACAAAAUUUUCUGAUAAUUAUGAAGUUCAAGUAGAAAAUUCUUCAAAGAUUCUUUUAAAUGUGUGUCAUUCUUUAAUUUUCGGAUAUGGUUCUACAUGUUCAUUUCAAUCAGGAUCUUGCCUUUUAAAUUCAACUGUACUAAAUGUCAAUGAUGAAAACUUAGGAGAAGUGAACAAACCUCUUUUUAUAUCAGAAAAAGGACACUUACAACUUGUGUAUGACGAAGGCGGCAUGUGUAUGACGGGGAAAUCCCACAGCAAAACUACAAUAACUUUUAUUUGUAAUAGAAAUCCUGAGAAUUCACAACCCAAACAUGUAAAUACUACUGAAUGUAAUUACAAUAUUGAAUGGCAAACACCACUUGCCUGUAAAAAUUUCCCGCCAGAACAUAAAGUGGUCCCGAGAACGCAAGAAUUAAGUGAAAAAAAACCUGAAAUCAUGGCAGUAAAGAAAAUAGAAUCACCAAUAAAACUCCAAGGAAAUAAUCAGAUCAACUGCAGUGUGACGACAAAAAAGGGCAAAAUUGAUUUAAGUCCUUUAAUUCUCACAAAAAGAAAUUAUAUUGUCAAAAGUAAUGAUUCGGAAUUUCAUAUAAAUGUCUGUAGUCCUCUCAGUUCGCCAGAUUCUUUUAAAUCUUGUCAAGGAAAAGCCGUUUGCAAAAUUGAACGCGACAAAUCUGGAAAAAUUCUCCAUGAAACUAGUUUAGGUAAUUCAGGAGAAAAUCCCAUUGAUUUGAAAAACGAUAAAGUUAUUUUGCAUUAUAAAUCUGGUGCCGUUUGUCCGGAAAAUAACAAAAAUACUAUUUCAACAAAUAUAAGCUUUGAAUGCGACUAUUAUGCAAGAAAGAGUUCUCCACAAUAUGAUAAAUAUACGGAUUGUACGUAUUUGUUCAAAUGGUCUACAAUUCAAGUUUGUGAAACAGUUGUUGGCAAUUUCUAUAAUAAUUGUACGAUUAGUAAUCCUCUUUCGCGAACAAUUGAUCUUUCUGUACUAAAGGAUCAAACAUUCUAUAUUAGUAAAGCUAAUAAAAACUACACAAUUAGCAUUUGUGGUGAAAAAAAUUUGUGCGAUGGUUCAACAAUAUGUGAAGGAAACAACGGUUUGGGAAAAGCAAUUAAUGUUAUUUACGAGUAUCCGAAAGAUUCGGUCAAACUUGAAUUUACCAAAGGAACAAAGUGUGAAAAUGGAACCUUCGCAUCUGAUAUUACAUUUAUUUGUAAUUCAUCGAGUGUCAAUAUUGAAUCACCAGUAUUAAAAUCAUCAGAACCCUGUCAUUUGGAAUUUGAGUGGCAAACACGUUUGGUGUGUACAUCGGAAGCGGACAAUACAACUACACCAAAAAAACCAGUCCCUCCCAGUGAUACCAAAGAUGGGGAUAAAAAAGCAGAAAUUGCAUCAAGUAAUGGGAUAUUUCUAGUAUCUUUAAUUACUGGAGUAGCGAUAAUUGUUGCGAUUGUGAUAUAUCUGCGAGAUCCAACAAGACGUGCUCGAUGUUCUCGCAUUGUUUCAAGUCCGUGCUCAUCUUCGAGCAAUGAUCGAGUAAAAUAUUGUAGGAUUAAUACAACUGAAGAAGCACGCUUAUUGUUAGACAAUUGUGAACCAACAACUGUCUGUCAAUCAGACAGUGAUGACGAUUUGUUAGGCGCAUAAAUACAUUCAAUAGAGUUAUUCUAAUCGAAAACAAAUUUUUCUCACACAUAAACCAUCGUUCUUACCUCACAAAUUCAGAUCAAUGGUUUUUGCUCUGACUGACUUAUAAUUUAUGCUGAUGUGAUCGAUUUAACUAUUUUUAUUUAUAAUAUAAACUGUAAAUAUUUCUAUAAUAUAUUAAUGUGUAUAGGAUAUAUGAUGAAAUAUAUAUUUAAAAAAUAAAA